AUCUUGUUCCACUUCUGCAGCUCGCUAAAUUCAUUCCACUCCAAAGGUCUCUACAAAAUCCUAACUCUCUGAGAUACACAGAGAAGGCUUGAAGGAGAUAAUGGCGGUCUCGGUUGCAUCCCUCACCUCUUCCCUAUCAUCUCUCUCUUUUUCCUCUCAGGUUUCUUACAAAUCAAACUGUCUUUCCUUUCGCCGACCAAGGCUUAUCUCAGUCUCCCAUGUCGCCAAAGUUUCUCCGCUCGUUGUUUCAGCGACGGUUGCGUCGCCUGAAGGAGUGGAGACCGCCGACCUUACAAAGUACGUGAAAUCGAGGCUCCCAGGUGGAUUCGCAGCGCAAACAAUCUUCGGUACUGGUCGAAGAAAAUCCGCCAUUGCUCGAGUUGUUCUCCAAGAAGGCACUGGAAAAGUAAUCAUCAAUUACCGCGACGCCAAGGAAUACCUUCAAGGUAACCCAUUGUGGCUACAGUAUGUCAAAGUUCCAUUGGUCACUUUGGGAUAUGAAGGUAGUUAUGAUGUUUUUGUGAAAGCUCAUGGUGGUGGCCUCUCUGGUCAAGCUCAGGCAAUCUCCCUAGGCAUUGCCCGUGCAUUACUAAAGGUUAGUGAGGACCACAGGACGCCACUGAGAAAGGAAGGGCUUUUGACGAGGGACUCCAGAGUUGUUGAGAGGAAGAAGGCUGGUCUCAAGAAAGCUCGUAAAGCCCCACAAUUCUCCAAACGUUAAGUUAUGUAUGCUUUCCUGUGCCGUGCCUCCCACAAGAAGGGAAACUGAAGAUAACUAUUUUAAGCUUUGUAGUGGAAUCAUUUUUUUCCUUCUCAAAUUUUUGUAUAUCUCUUUUAGCUAAUGUUGUUGUACUUUGAUAUUGCAAUUGGCAUGAUAAUCAGUUAAUGAUUCUUUUCUAUCGAAAA